AUGAUCGGAUUCAUCACAGCAACAGCCCCACCUCUGGGAGCAGCGCCCCCGCAUCCCUCAGGCUGUAGCCUGCGGUACUGUUUUCUGCCAGAAGAGGCACUGCGGGGCGGCGCCCCCCAGUUCCCACAGCUCCGGGAAGACCCGGGCGGCGGAGGCUUAGCCCCCUCCCCUCCCGCUUCCUCCUCCUCCUCCUCCACCUCCUCCUCCUCCCCUUCCUCCUCCUCCUCCUCCUCCUCCUCCUCUUCCUCCUCCUCCUCCUCCUCCUCCCGGUCUGAGGGCGGCGGUCUCCGACUCAAGACCCUGGGGCUCCGGGUCUUCUCAGCAGCCGCCGCAGCAGCCGCGGCGACGUCACUGUCCUCGCGGCCUGGCACACAGCGCUCCGGCCGCCGAAUGCCCGUGGACGCGCAUCUCUUCUCAGAGUUCCUGCUUCCUGGGCCAGCCAAAGCCGCAGGUGAGAACGUCCGCGGUAGAAGUGACACCCAGGGCCUGCGGGUCUCAGAGGCCCGGUGGCCUCCUCCUCUCCUCCUUGCCCAAGAAACCCCCACGGGGGCGCCUGCAACGGGGACACCAAGUGCUCCCCGGAGCCCUGGGAGCACUUCUUCUGAGGCAUGGAGCCCCUGCUCAGGUGCUUCUGAAAGUUCCUUUGUGGACCCCAGAAACCCCUAGGCAACUGUCUGCCCCGCCCCGCGCCCCCGCCGCCCCCCGCCCCCGCAGUACCCCUCGGGCCCCCGACAUCCCUGAUGCGCAUGCCCAGGGGCCCUGUGAGCUAGAAAGUAGCUGAGCGGGUGCAGUACCUGCUGGUUAAGAACCGGAAGACGGUGGCGAUCAAAAGGGCAGACAUGCUGAAGUAUGUCAUCAAAAGGUACAGGAGCUUCCUCCCUGAGAUUUUCAAGAAAGCCUCUGACCUCCCCGAGUUAGUCUUUGGGUUCUAUCUGAAGGAACUUGAUCCAGCAGAGCACUCCUAUGUCUUGAUCAGAAAAAUCGAUCCUGCCCUGGUUUGGGGCCUGACAGGCGACCAGGGCACACCAAAGACCCGGCUCCUGAUGAUUACUCUGGACUCGAUCUUCAUGCAGGCCAGCUGUGUCCCCGAGGAGGUGGUCUGGGAGGUGUUGAGGGUGUUGGAGGCACAUUUCGUCUAAAAAGCAUUUCGUCUCUGGGGAGUCCAUGAAGCUCAUCACCAAAGCUAGUGUGCAGCAGGAGUAUCUGGUGCACAAAUAGGUGUCCCACAGCAAUCCCACGCUCUAGGUGUUCUUGUGGGGGCUCUCAAAGGAAACAAGACAGAUGGAAGUCCCGGAGUUUGUGGCCAAAGUGAAUGACACCCACCCCAGUUCCUUUCCGUGGCAGUAAAUGAGGCAUUGAGAGAAGAGGAGGAGAUGCCCCGUGCCCGAGAUGGCAGCUGCCGUUGGUGACGUGACAAGUGCCAGUGUUAGUGCCAGUUCCAGUUCCAGGGCCUAUGCCAUGGCUGAAGCAAGCAUCAGCACCAGCACCAAUGCAAGUGCCAGUUGCCAGUGCCAGGGCUAGAGCCAUGGCUGGAGCAAGUAUCAGUACCUGGGACAGUGCCAGUGUGGUUGCAAUCUCAGGCUAGUGUCAGGGACUCCUCCUGCCAGCAGUGAAGGCUGAGGCUGAGUCUUCACUUUGUUUUGCUGUGGGUAGUCAAAAGGGCCCCACAGCAGUGGGUGCUGGGGUCCUGACUUUUCAAGAGUCGAGGGGUAGAGUGGGGUUAGGGAGAACCUGCCGCCCAUGGUAUCUGUGUUCCAGUUCUAUUUGUCUUUCUCAGUGAUUUAGCUUUCAAUUGGCAUACUGCAAAGUUUUGUUUGCCUUAGUUAACUUUUUUUUUGUAAUGAUGAUCAAUUUACAGGAAAUAAACCGGUUAAAACUACAUGAUGACAGAGUUAUAUCAGAGUUGAAACAAACGCCAUACCUAAGCAUUUUUUCAAAAUCCUUUGUUCCAUCCAAGUACACUUGAUUGAGUACUUAAGUUGAACAUCCAGGUCUAUGAAUGACGUUGGUCAAAUGUUUUAUUGUUCUCUGUUUCGAUUUUAGCAGGAGAGAUUUGCUGUUUCAUAAAAGACAUUGGGAGAGUAUAUCAUUUUAUGCCUGUAACUUAUUAUAGCGUUGGAAUAAGCUGUUCUUUGGAAGUUUGAGAGACUUUACCAGUACAAUCACUCCCCCCCCACCCCGGCCUCCAAAUAUAAAAAGAUAAAAUAAAAAGCCGGUCAGUGUCUGUUGCACAAAAUUACAACCGCUCUCUGCUUGUAUUUGCCUAGUUCUCCAGAAUGUAGGGAAAAAUAAAAAUUCAAUGAAUUAGA